AUGAAGGUCUAUCCGCUCUCCAUCUUAAUAGCCGUAUUCGUGGUCUCUGUUAUCGGAUGGGACCCCUCUCAACGAGACUGUCCUGACAACACAUUAUUAUGUCUUACCUCGUUUAAAUGGUGUGGUCCAUAUAUGACAGGAUAUAUGUCAGGCUGCUACUAUCCAGACGGCGCAUACCCGGGAAGUUCUAAUCCGCAGGCACUUGACUAUGCACUUGUAAUCGAGAACAAGAACUAUACAAUCUCCUGGAAGCUGGAUAAAAGAAGAGCCAAUGUUCCCGUGCGCGUUCGAUGGUAUCUAAGCCAAAACGUAUCGUGGGAGUUGAACACAACAGAUUCCCACGUUGUCUUCAAUCCCUUCGAGAUCAUCAACUCCUUACCCUUAUCCUCGGCGUCCAGAUGGGAAGCCGAAGAACUCGUGAGGAAUAAUAUAAAUAAUGUUAUUACCAUCGACCAGCCAGAUAUUAACAAUAACCCGCAAGAAUCUGUCUCCUCAUUCGACACGUCAGAUCGGUUCAUCGUUGUGAUAAAUGUAAUCGAGCGUUUCCUCAAGGCGCAAAACGACAUCGGCCGCCGAGACGUAUACAACAAGUGGAAACUCGGCGUUGGCGUUGGCGUUGGGCUGGGAGUUCCUAUACUCAUGGUUAUAAGUGCUUGGAGUACAUGGGAAAUGGUGAGGAAGAGCAGAAGCGGAAACAGAGGGAUUUCAAAAUGA